AUGCGUAACUGAAAACGCGGAAUCGCUCUACCAGACUGCUCAAAUUUCUUAGAAGUGAAAAGUUAACAGAUAGUUUCUGAAUCAGACUAAAAUGGAUGGAGCAAGUCUUGAUAGUUUAAUCUUGGAACUGCACAGCAUCCAAGCCGUGAAGUUUGGGACGUUUCAGCUAAAAAGUGGACUCAUUUCGCCGAUAUAUUUUGAUCUUCGAAUAAUAGUUUCAUAUCCUGCGUUAAUGAAUCAGACGGCAGAUCUUCUUCAUAAAUGUGCUGCGGAAGCAGGGGUCCAGUUUGAUUGUGUGUGUGGUGUCCCUUACACAGCUCUUCCUUUGGCCACAAUCAUCUGCUCUACCAAUAAAUAUCCAAUGCUUUUACGGCGAAAGGAGGCAAAAGACUAUGGAACAAAACGUCUUAUCGAGGGAACUAUCCACCCUGGUGAGAGAUGCUUGAUUUUAGAGGAUGUAGUAACCAGUGGAAGCAGUGUUCUCGAAACCGCUGUGGUGCUUGAGAAGGAAGGCCUGAAGAUCACAGAUGCUGUUGUUUUGCUGGACAGAGAGCAGGGUGGCAGUGCCAAGCUAGCUGAGAAUGGCAUCACACUACACUCAGUCAUUUCUGUCUCCAGACUUCUGGAUGUGUUACUUCAAGCUGGCCGAAUUGACAUGGCCACUUCUCAGAAUGUAGAGAGGUUUGUUCGAGAAAAUAACACUUGCAGACCAAAGCAGAAUGGCUCCUCUGUUCCGAAAAAGAGGUGUAAGGAGCUCGGCUAUGGAUCUCGUGCUGGGUUGCCUGACACACACCCUCUUGCUGCUCGGCUGCUGAAGAUCAUGGAGGAAAAAAAAAGCAAUCUGUGUGUGUCUGCAGAUGUGACUAGUUCUGAAGAGUUGCUGGAGUUGGCUUUGAUGUUGGGUCCAGUGAUUUGCGUGUUAAAGACUCACGUGGACAUCUUGCAGGACUUCACUGCAGAUGUCGCCGGCAAACUUAAAGAGUUAGCUAUAAAGCACAACUUCCUUAUUUUUGAGGAUCGCAAGUUUGCAGACAUUGGGAACACAGUUAAGCACCAGUAUGAGGGUGGUCUCUAUCGGAUCUCAUCAUGGGCACACAUCAUUAAUGCCCAUGCAUUGCCAGGUCCGGGUGUGCUGCAGGGUCUCGGUGCCGUUGGCAAGCCUUUGGGUCACGGCUGUUUGCUCAUUGCUCAGAUGAGCUCUCAGGGUUCCCUAGCAACAGGGGAUUACACUCAAGCAGUGGUGAAGAUGGCUGAAGACCACUCUGAUUUUGUGUUUGGAUUUAUAAGUGGAUCAAAGAUCAGUGAAAAUCCUGGUCUGGUUCACAUGACCCCAGGAGUGCAAAUGGAGACAGGAGGGGAUGGACUUGGACAGCAGUAUUCAAGUCCAGAAGAAGUGAUUUUCUCAAAAGGCUCCGAUGUCAUAAUUGUGGGACGGGGUAUUCUUGCCAGCUCAGAUCGGCUCAGAGCUGCAGGAGAAUACAGGAAGGCAGGCUGGGAGGCUUAUCUGAAAAGACUGUCACAGGCCAGCUAAUACAUUUUGGGACCAGUUGAGGCAUGUCUAACUUAUUCGGUUUAUAGUCUGAUCAUUCUUUCCACAUUAAAUUUAUUUUUUGCCUUUAUCAUCACCCUGUCAACAAGAACCCGAUUCAGAUUUGUUUUUGUACACAUGGCAAUAAAAGCUCAAAUAAUUUCAACGGUAUUAAUAUUUUUAAUGCAUUUUUUUUUUUUAAAGUGAAAUGAUACCAGAAUUUACGGUAAUGAAAGUGCGACUUAAUGUGAAGAAUAAAAGACUGUUAUACUUUGUAAUAAUAGUUAAAUAGAGGAGACCAGGACUAGAUGUUGUCACACAGGGAAGUUGUCAGGGCAAUAUCUCAAUGCCCUGGGAUAUAGAAUUUAAGUCUAAAGUCCAGCUGCACAAAUGUUUGUUUUCUCUAGCAGUAUUUUGUGUGUUGGUUUUACAUACCUAGUGCAAAACUCAGCUAUAUAAUGUAGGUAUUUCAACCAAAUUGUUUGAUCUUUGUUCUUAGGACAAGAGUUUUUGCAUAAAUGUCUUGAGGCAAGUUGUCACAUUUGUUUUACCUUUUUUUUUUUUUUUUUUUUUUUUUUUUUUUACAAUUGAUUGUU